CGAACACAGAGCAACGUCCAUCCUGCAUGGUGAUACGAGAACGAACUGUUGGAUAUUCUGGAAAGAAAGCAACUCAGGACUUAUAUUAACCAAAAGUUGUUCGCAGUAACUGCAGGAGUCAGCGCUCAUCAGGAUGCGGCCUCUAGCCCGGUGGUCACUCGUUGCUGUCUCCCUGGUGGCCCUCUUGGGUGUGGUUCGGGCUGAGAAGGUGUGCUACUUUAGCCAAGAACCCGACCGACGCCAGAAUGGUCGUCUUCGCUGGGUCUUGCCUGGGAGUAAGAGCGAUCACUGUCGGUGUACCAGCAUCUGGCCGGGUCCCUUGUACACCAAGCCGCUCCAGAGAUCACAGGAACCGUUCUACACUGAUACUCCAAUCUUUACCAGCGACCAAGAGGAGAUUCAUCACUUCUUUGAAUGUCAUGAUCCUUGCAGUCCAAACCCUUGUCAAAACGGAGGAACAUGCUCACAAUAUGGCGAGUCUUUCCUUUGUCAAUGUGCACCCGGAUUUGAGGGUAAUAAUUGCGAUAACAAGCCUUUGGAUUGUGCUGCCUUGCAUUCUCAUGGUAUCCGCCAGAGCGGUGUAUACACCAUCUACCCGUCGAUGUACCCUGACGGCCUGGAGGUCUACUGUGAUAUGAAGCCUGGAUACCCAUACGGCUGGAUUGUAUUUCAGAGGCGGCUUGACGGGUCAGUGAAUUUCACUCACAAUUGGUCACAGUACAUGGACGGAUUCGGCAAUCUGACGGGCGAGUUCUGGUUAGGAAACGAGAAACUUCGUCAGUUAACAUCGAAGCAUAAAUGGUUACUACAGAUUAAUCUGACAUUUGACGAUCAGAUCAAUGGGGCGAAUUUUAUAAGUUACCGAUGGCCAUUCCGUAUUGAGGGCGACAACUACACCCUCUUGGAGGGAUCAAUAGGCAGAUCACCCUUACCAUUAAGCCAGACACCACGACCAUUCUCCACCUACGAUAAAGACAACGACGGUGAGGACCAUCUCAACUGUGCUGCUCUGACGAGAGGAGGUUGGUGGUUUGACCAGUGUGAGUCUCCGCAGGAUUCUUGGGGCAAUCUGAACGGCGAAUAUUUCCUUCCUGAGAAUUCAACCGAUGGGAAUUACUUUGGUAUUAGAUGGCCUGAAGGAGAGAGCUUUGCAGUUGUUCGGAGUAGUGAAAUGAAGCUGCGUCGCUUCCACCCGUACGAUUGUCUUUCCUUGUUUAAUAUUGGUAUCACCACGAGUGGUGUGUACACCAUUUACUCGUCGCAAUACUCUGGCAGCCUUGAGGUCUACUGUGAUAUGGAUGCUAAAGACGGAGGCUGGAAUGUGUUUCAGAGGCGGUUUAACGGGUCUGUAAAUUUCAAUCGCAACUGGGCCGAGUACCGGGACGGAUUCGGCGAUCUGACGGGGGAGUUCUGGCUGGGAAACGAGAAACUUCGUCAGUUAACAUCUGUGAACGAAUGGUUGCUACAGAUUGAUCUGACGUUUGACCAUCAGAUCCAUAAGACGUACCGAUGGCUAUUCCGUGUAGAGGGCGACAACUACGCCCUGUUUAUUAACGGAUCUACAGGUGAUUCCCCCUUGCCAUCAAGCCAGACACCACGCCCAUUCUCCACCUACGAUAAAGACAACGACGGCGAGGACCAUCUCAACUGUGCUGCUCUGACGAGAGGAGGUUGGUGGUUUGGCCAGUGUGAGUCUCCGCAGGAUUCUUGGAGCAAUCUGAACGGCGAAUAUUUCCUUCCUGAGAAUUCCACGAAUUCCACUGACUUGGAAUACCGUGGUAUUAGAUGGGUGGAUGGACGGAACGUUUCAGUAGUUCUUGGUGUUGAAAUGAAGCUGCAUCGCUUCCGCCCCUAUGAUUGCUACACUUUGUACAACCAUGGUAUCCGUCAGAGUGGUGUGUACACCAUCUACCCGAGGAAGUACCCUGACGGUCUAGAGGUCUACUGUGAUAUGGAUGCUACACUUGGCGGCUGGACCUUGUUUCAGAGGCGAUUUAACGGGUCGGUGAAUUUCACUCGCAACUGGACCGAGUACCAGGACGGAUUCGGCGAUCUGACGGGCGAGUUCUGGCUUGGAAACGAAAAACUUCGUCAACUGACUUCGGAUUGGAGGUGGAGACUACAGAUAGAUCUGAAGGAUCAUACGGGAAAGCACAAGACCUUCCACGCAGAGCAUUUUCGCAUAGAGGGCAACGAUUACAAACUGACUUUUGAUGAAUCAGUUCGGUCAAAUCCCCUCCCUCCACAUCUCAGUGGUCGAAGCUUCUCUACAUACGACAUGGACAAUGAUGAGGAUACCAAUGCUAAUUGUGCAGCUGAGCUGAAGGGAGGCUGGUGGCUUGACACAUGCAAUGGUACCUCUGGUGCUCCGUACGGCCUUAAUGGAGAAUAUCAACAAGGUCCAAAUGAUCGCGGUAUAACAUCGGAUGGAUGGGCAGGCCAUCGAAUAGUAAAAAGUGAAAUGAAGCUGCGUCGUAGCUGGUCAUAAAACUCAUCGGAGACCCCCAGUGAAAACCAUACACAGGGAUAACGUGUCAAAACAAACCGGCAUCAUGUUGAUCUUUCAUAGCCUUCGAGCUGACUACUCAUGUUAAUUGAAGCUUAACUGCUUUUAGACACCAGAGGUGUAACUUUCUGUCGUUUAUUACACUGCUUCAGUUUUACUUGUCAUCAUUUACAUGUAUACAUGUUUUUCCUUUUUCAGGUGGGCCUUUUCGUGCGUAGCGCCAUUUUUGGGAAAUUGGGGAGGGGGUCUUUUUUGGUGAAUUGAUUCGGUUAAGUUACCAUCAUUCACGCAUAGUAAAUGCCGGGAUACAAUUACCGAACAAAGAGCACCAAUUCUGAAGAUUAUAGGCACCAGCUAGUCUAUUAGAUUUUGAUCUUGAAUGUGAGUUGAGAAAUCAUACAUUUUAAGAAGGCGAUUAUAUGCUUAUUUUUGACUGAACGUAUGUUUAACGUUACAUAUAUUUGGCAUUAAUGAAUCUGAAUAUAAAAGAGGUAAUAUGCUGAAAGAAAAAUGAAAAAGGAUUAUGUAUAAAACAGGUGAACAUGAACAUUUAGACAUACAUAAAAUGUCAUAUCAAACAUUCAAUAACUUUUCACAAAUGAUACUUUUUAGGAUUUAUUAAAAAAAUGUUAAAUCGACAAUUAGUGUAUUAGAUAAUGAGCAUGUCUUGUGAAUAGCGCACCAUAAUUGUGCAACUAAGUAAUUGAUGUAAAACACAGCUUUUAGUUCCAGUGUUAAGACCGAGCACAAGCUUUAUGCUGGU